AUGGUCAAACGUCCUUCUCGCGGACUCGAGGGCGCAGAUGUCUUGCGCAAGAGGCAGAAGGUCGUGCAUGAAGCUCCGACUUUCGAAGAGGUCAACCAUUCGCGACACCUCCAGCAGCUCUUGACCUUUGACCAGGACCAAAAACGAGCGCGGCACGGCAUCCAGUCCCUCAAGGUCUUCCUGGACGGCUUCAGCUCUGGCAAUGGCGACAACAAGGACCGGUUCACCACUCUUCGGGAGUACCUCGACGCCGCCCGGCCGCGCGACACGAGCGACAACGCCGUCCACCUCGGUGACAUAAUGGAGACUUGGUCGUACGCUGCGCAGGUCAACAAUGAGGCCAUGAUGUCCGCCGUGCCCGCCGUGCUGGCCCUGUUGCUGCAGGUCGCCUCGCAGACCCUCGAGCUGCUCCCGCAUGCCCUGGACAUCGCCCGCACGCUGCUGCAGGAGCGCCAGCUGAAGCUCAUUGCGCGGUGUCUGUCGGCGCCCAAGGGCAGCGGGUACGUCAUUUCGCCGACGCUGCGGCUGGUGCGCGAGCUCGUGAUGCUCGACGGCGGGACGCUGGCAAGGCGGGUGUUCCGCGCGCGGGACCACACGUUUGCGAGCUUCGCGCGCAACCUGGAGAUUCGGCACCUCGGGGGCGCCGCCGACGGUGAGAAGAACAGCAGCGUUGAGGACCCGUCGAGGCCGUCGGUGCGGACGAACGCCAUCAAGCUGUUCCUGAGCUGUCUCAAGUUCCUGCCGGCUGAGGCGAAGAAGGAGAUGCUGAUGCUCAAGGAGGUGUUUUCGCAUCUGACGUUUCUGCUAAAGGACGACCCGCCGUACCUUAUUCUCGAGAUGCUGGCCGCGUUGAAGAAGCACGUGCUCUUGGACGACAAGCUGCCACGCGAGGUCAAGUUCCGGACCUUCAACACAAAGACCCUGGACCGCUUGGCUGGGCUGUAUGCGUACAGACAUGACGUUGAGGGAGACGGCAAGCCUUCUGUCAGGGGGUCCGUUCACGAAUUUCUGCUUUACACCUGCACGACGCCUGGUGCCGGAGUUCUCUACUCUGGAACCGGCAUCUACCCGAAGGAGCUCGAGGAUGAGGCGGCACAGGACGUUAAGAGCCUAGACGACUACGGUCUAGAGCGCAUCGCGUGGAUGGACAAGUACAAGGACGAUAUCGCCGUCGCCAACUUUGUGCUCUCAGAAUUCAUUCAAAAACUGCGGCCGUGGUCGAGUCUGAAACACAGCGAGCUCAUCGUCGCCAUCUUCCAGGCGGCGCCGGAGCUUGUUGCCAGCUACUUCUUGAACAACAAGUCCUUUACCUUCGAGCCGAAGCUGUCCAUGACGUGGAUUGGGUACGCCGCCUUCCUAUUCAACACGGUAAAUCUGCCGUUACCACCGCAUUACGGUCCAACAACAGGUUACCGCCGAGUUCCCCCACCGACUUCGAUCCUCCUCGACAACAUUCUGCCGCUCCCGCUCAAGCAGCGAGACCUUGUCCGUUGUCUCUCCAACAAGUCGACCCUCAUCUCGUUCUUCGCCAUCCGCAUCCUCGUCCUUGCCCUCCAAAAGCUCGAGGUCGCCCUGAAGAUGCAUCGCGAGGCGGCCGAAUCGUCGAAGUCGACCUGGGAAAUGGCGGCGCGUAAGCUCAUCGACGAGUUCUACCAGAAGAUCCCCGACAUGAAGGAGGUGACCAAGUGCUACAAGGCCAUGGCGGAGGAGAAUGUCCUGCAGCGCGAGGCCGCCAGCAGGCUGUUGCUGCUGUACUAUGAGGUCAUACCGCAGGUCGCGCUGCGGGCCAACUUUGACGUCUCACCGUUCCUGGUCAAGUCGCUCACGCGCCUCGAUAGCAGGGCCGAGGAGCCGCAGAACCAGGCCCUGGCUCUGAUGGAGCUGGAGAACUUGAUUGCUAUCGCGGGGUACUCCCCGGGCAUGAGGUGGUUCGCCAAGACGGAGGGCCUUGCGGCGUCGCCGUUCGUCGCACUGCUCAAGUUCUACGUCGAGAAUGCGCAGGGGCGGUCGAAGCUGAAGGAGGUCCUUGAGUCUGUGGCGGUGCAACACCAGCUUGUGUUGCAACAGGUCGGCCUCACCCCCCUGCUCCGCGCGGCUCGGGAGCUGAAAAAGGGCGGCAAGCCGCGGAACCUGGACCUCAUUUGGGAAUACCUCGACAACUGCGCCGGGAGAUGCGCGGCGUCGCCGCUCAAGUACGUCGAAUUGAUGCAGGAGAGCGUCACCGAGGGCCAGGUAGGCAACUCGACCAGCUUGAUCCUGGCCACUGUGGUCGAGCAGCUGCCGUUCGUCGCCGACAAAGCGACGGACAAGAAGGACCUGGAGCAUCUGUCCGAGUUCUUAACGGUGCUUUUGAGUUGCGCCCAAACAAACGGAGAGGCCCCAGCUGUGAUCGGUGUCUUUGCCAAGAAGAUGACGGAGAUUCUGGUAGGUCGGGCGCCGGCCGUCGUCCCAAAGGCUGACGUUGCUUUGCUCGGGGGCGAGGCGGGCGAGGGAGCUGCCUCUGAAGUCAACGGCGCCGGGCCCCAACGGCAAAAGCCGGUCAUUGUGAACGGAGAGCUCGACGACUCUUCACUGGAAGCGAUCCUGGACGUGCCGUUCGGCCCCGACGAAGAUAACUCGGCGCUCCUGAAAUGGAACUUCAAGAGCGUCGAGGACCUUGUAGACGAAGGCUACGCCGCGGCGCUCAUCCGUCUCUUGUGGUCGGAGCACGCCAGCAUCCGCCAGGAGGCCCUUACAAACAUCCUGAAAAUGGCGGCCAAGUUCAAAGAAUCAACCUAUGAAGAGAAGGAUCAGAUCUGGCUCCUCCUCUCGGAGCUUGCCGAGUCGUCACGCGUGCUCGUCGCCCGCGGUCCCGUUCCCUCGCCGCUCGUCUCCUUCGCCAUCAGCGCCCUCGAGGUGCUCAAGAACCCGCUUCACUGCCUCUACGCCAAGGUCAACAGCUUCCUCACGCGCGGGCCCGUGUGGCAGCACGACAAGGUGCCGCUGGCGCACGACAUCCUACACGGCGCCCCGUCCGACGAUGACAAGUACUAUACCGAGGUGAGCUGGCUGCUCGCGUACCUGCUGGACGGCCUGCGCACGCCGGCGGACCUGGCCGUGUACCACCAGAAGAAGUGGUUCGAGAAGGUGUUUGCGCUCGCGGGCAACCCGUACAUGCGGGCGAACCUGCGGACGAGGAUCCUGAGGGUGCUCUGGCGAGCGACAUGCAUCGAGGGCGGGAGCACGACGCUGGCGACGAGGUUCGGCAUCGUGAGCUGGCUGGAGGCGCAGGAGGCCAGGUGUGGCGGCGGCGGCGAGCCCUCGGCCGAGGACAAGGUGGAGCGAAUCGACGCGGAUAGCCGGGAGACGAGACGGCUGUAUCGGGCGCUGAGAAGGAGGGUUUGGGAGACGUGUGACCAGGAGAGGGUCGGCGAGUGGAGCCGGAAGGGGAUUCCUUCAGCCUUGGGGGCUUGA